CUCGUCCGAGAAGAGAUGCAGCGUAUUCGAACCGAGGAAUUUGGAAGGAAGGAAUCCUAUAUCUGGGGGUACACCGGAUCCUUUAGGAAAGUGCCCUCUGCGGGGCGGAAGGAGGGUGCAGAGAGCGGAAGUUCCCGCCCCGGCCCCACCUCCGCCCCCGGCUCACGCGAACUGGGUGUUUCCUGUCUCUUUCAGUCCGGGUUUGGAGACUCCGGCGUCCUCCGACUUUUCAUGGAAGAGAUGUCAGGAGAAAGUGUGGUGAGCUCAGCGGUGCCAGCGGCUGCGACCCGCACUACUUCCUUCAAGGGCACAAGCCCCAGCUCCAAAUACGUGAAGCUGAAUGUGGGCGGAGCCCUCUACUACACCACCAUGCAGACACUGACCAAGCAGGACACCAUGCUGAAAGCCAUGUUCAGCGGGCGCAUGGAGGUGCUCACCGACAGCGAAGGCUGGAUCCUCAUUGAUCGCUGUGGGAAGCACUUUGGUACAAUACUCAACUACCUGCGUGACGGAGCAGUCCCCUUGCCUGAGAGCCGCCGGGAAAUUGAGGAGCUGCUGGCAGAAGCCAAGUACUACCUGGUCCAGGGUCUGGUGGAAGAGUGCCAGGCAGCCCUGCAACAGAACAAAGAUACUUAUGAGCCUUUCUGCAAAGUUCCUGUCAUCACCUCAUCCAAGGAAGAACAGAAACUUAUCGCAACUUCAAAUAAGCCAGCUGUGAAGUUGCUCUACAACAGAAGUAACAACAAAUACUCAUAUACCAGCAAUUCCGAUGACAAUAUGUUGAAAAACAUCGAGCUGUUUGAUAAGCUGUCUCUACGCUUUAAUGGAAGGGUCCUGUUCAUAAAGGAUGUCAUUGGGGAUGAAAUCUGCUGCUGGUCCUUCUAUGGCCAAGGACGCAAGAUCGCCGAGGUCUGCUGUACCUCCAUUGUCUACGCCACUGAGAAGAAACAGACCAAGGUGGAGUUCCCUGAAGCCCGAAUCUAUGAGGAGACCCUGAACAUUUUGCUGUACGAGGCCCAGGAUGGCCGGGGACCUGACAAUGCACUCCUGGAGGCCACAGGUGGGGCGGCCGGGCGCUCCCACCACCUGGACGAGGACGAGGAACGGGAGCGGGAGCGUAUCGAGCGCGUGCGGCGCAUCCACAUCAAGCGCCCGGACGACCGGGCCCACCUCCACCAGUGAGCGGUCAGGGGACUUGGCCACACCUCUGCCGCUCUCCUCCCUGCUAUGCACUCAGACCGCUACGGGCUCCUGGGCACCCCCACCGCCCCCGGAGUCUGGAGAGACUUCGUAACCAGCCAGAUAACGAGUUUGCUAUUUCUUGACCAGGUGAAUUGAUCGUCUUUACCCAGGUGAACGCACCCCUGCUGUGGCUCGCACUGGGUCCAAGGUCUCUGCUUUUCCCGAGAAUCCGAGAAGCGCUGGAACCAGGCUUUCCUGGUUCUCGGAGGAAAUGUGUGAAUGGUGUGACGAGUGUGUGAGAACUUGUUUGCAGUAUUUAUUUUUGUGGGUGCCGACUACCUGUAUGAACUUCUUGGGUGGCCCUGCCUCUGAGGUUAUCACCUCCAAGAGGGGUCCUGUAGUCAGGGGUUCCCAGGGGUGUCUGCAGGCUCAUGUUUCCCCACCCUCCAGCCCAGCACACUGGUGCCGGUUCCCGUGCCAGCACAGUCUCUCCCUCAAGGCUUUUCGAGAAGCCCUGCCCCCUGCCACACUGUCACCCCUAGAGCUUGUUGGGAAAGAACCAACGCUCGAAGCUGUGGAGAUGGGACCUGCUUCCUGCCUCUCAGCUGCAGUUCCUGGCGUAGCUCUGGGGGCCCAGCUGUGUUGCAGGGGCAGGCAUAUGCCUGUUUUGUCUGAUCUGUGGUCUGGUGCUUGUUGGGGCCCCACACAGUCUGGCUGAGGGCAGAGCUGGCCCCUGCCCCUUCCUCUGCCCUCCUCGUUGACCCACUCCAUUCCAGGAAGGCCGCCUGGCCUGCUCAGGGCAGAGCACACAAGCCGCUGCCCUGUGAAUUCCAGUUCUUCCUCCUCCGUCUUACGCUUUGUUAAGCAAGGCUUCCUUCCCCCAGUGGAUGCCCUGCCCUUUGCUUAGAAGAAAUUAAACAUCCAGGCAGGACCAGCACUCACACCAGCAGCCUCAGGACGGCCUUCCUGCUGUCAGCACAGCCAUCACCUGGUGAUCCCGUCUUGUCUUGGCCCCUGAUUUGUGCACAGUGUGGAGUGGCUGUCAGCGAGCGGAGGAGACCCUGUGCAGAUCCUUUGGGGUCCAGUCAGUGUCUGUGUUCGUGUUUGUUUAAGGGACGUAUGUGACUGUUGAUGAGGAUGUGUGCUCGGGUGGCCCGCGCCGGAGCCCUGCUGUCUGCAUGGUGCUCAAGCGGGAUAGAUGUUCUCAGUUACCUACCUCCCGUCUCCCCUGCGCCCCGGGACAGAGGGAGCUGUGACGAAUGUGGGUGGUUGAGACUAGACUAGGUAGAGUAGUUAGAGGGAGAUGUGAACGUGUGUGAGGUCGUGGAUGGGUUUUGUCUGCUCUUCAAGGGAAACGUUACCGUUCUAUACCAAAGGUGUUAAUAUGGGCAGCCUUUGACACAGUGUAUUCCAGAAAAAAACAAAAAACGAGUUUAUAUUUUGAAAUGGUUUUUACAGCUUAGAUUUUGUACAUCCUGCCCUACUUGUGACAGUUGUACGCCUUUAUUUUGUAUCCGGCAGCAAAGCCUACAAUAAAACUUUAAAACAAUCAUGACUGAAACCUAAAAAUCACGGACCGGGUAGAUGUUUUUUAAACUGUUAUGUGGGAUGCUUUCGUAUUAGGCCAUGUGGAUUUUAUUAAGUGCUAAGGAUGGGGGGGCUUCAAUAAUGUUUUGUAAAUAUUUUAUACUGUUUAAGUUUUAAACAUCAACCUUGCUGUUUGGGUUGAACUUUUUUAGAAAGCUAAAGUGAAUGUCAGUUCUGAUGUUUUUUGUAGGAAUGGAAAAGCCAUCCUGUAAGUUCUGUCUUUUAAGAUGUUUAUGUGAAGAGUGAGUUUGUGAAACCACCUGAUUUGUUGGGGCUUCUACACCUUACAACCUAAUGAUUCUGACUGUCUCUCCACUUUUGCAUUUUCUCCAACUCUGCACUUGUAGUUUGGAGUCUUUGCUUACUGGGAUCUGAACAAGUACACGAUACAUUCCAUGGUUAGCUGCAUGUAACCAUGAGCUGACAGAGUGUUGGCUGGUUCCAAGCUCUGAUGUUAAACAGAUUCUACAAGGAACUGAUUUCUUGAUCUUUUUUUUUUUUGCUUUUGAGGGCCGCACUUGCGGCCUAUGGAGGUUCCCAGGCUAGGGGUUGAAUUGGAGCUGCAGCCGCCAGCCUAUACCACAGCAACGCAGGAUCCAAGCCACGUCUGUGACCUACACCCCAACUCAAGGCAAUGCUGGAUCCUUAACCCAUUGAGUGAGGCCAGGGAUCAAACCCGCAUCCUCAUGGAUACUAGUCAGAUUUGUUUUUGCUGAACCACGAUGGGAACUCCCAGGAACUGAUUUCUUAUGUGAGCACUAAGGGCAAACAAAAGUCGGUAUUUAAGAACCAUCCAAGUAAAACCCUGGCCUGAGAUUUGGUUGAGAGUACAGUUUUAUUACGUUGUAAUAGCUUACAAUUGAAAAAGCAGAACACCUCUGGGUCCCUUGUAAUCAAGGUUUUUCAAAAAGUCAUCUGAUGGUGGUGACUGGGGCUUCUGCCAAGGACAGUCUCUCCAUCACCUUCCUGUGGUGGCUUAGCAGGCUGGUGGCUGUGCUGCUACCCAGCUCUCCCUCUGGAAUGUGUGCCUUUUAGGGCUCCCCCUGGAGUCACUGUAUGUAACACGCGUGUGUCACUAACCUUUCUGUCUCUUUGUGCUACAGGAAGAAAUACUCUGAGCACUAGAAGUAGUCACUGUGUUGUACAAGCAUUGAUGGACAUGUGUAAAAUAAAGGUUGUAUAAUGCUUCUGCUUAAA